AAUUUGUAUUUCAUCAUGAUUUUAAAAAGUGACGAAUGGGUCCUUUUAGCACUCGUUUGUUUUCUAUCAUUUUUACUUGGUGUGAAUUCAAGCAUUGAAAAAUCUCCAAAAAUAAUAACCACCGAAGGAAAUGUGAUCCUCGAAGCUGGAAUCAAUAAAAAUAUAACCAUACGUUUGAAUGGGCGAUCAAGACUUUUAGUCAAUGACUAUGAUUUAAUGGCACUUUUAGUUGGUGAAAGAUCUUGGUUAACGAAUACCAGCAGUGAGCUGCCGAUAGGUGGAAGUACUUUGCGAAUUCUUCAGGAAGAUGUUCAAUUUUUGAAGAGCAGACUUUUGGGAAGACGUGGUUUGAACGCUAGGCUUAAUCGUCUUCUAAAUAGAACACAAAUAUCUAAUCCGGCCAAUGUCUUGAGAAGAACUCAACGCAGGUUAACAACAUUGGAGAACAGGGUACAAAGCGUGGUUAGGAGACUAGAGCGCAAUUAUUGCAAAAGCAAUCCGUGUGAUAAUGGUGGAACUUGCAUUGAUUUAUUUGAUGAUUUUCUAUGUAAAUGCCAAAAAGGCUUUGAGGGAACAACAUGUUCAACAGAUGUAAACGAAUGUGCACUCUUUGUUGGAACAGAUUUGGGUUGUCAAAAUGGCGCCCAAUGCAUUAAUCAAUUCGGAAGCUAUAGCUGCAUUUGCACAUCCGGUUGGCAAGGAAUGCAUUGCAGCCAACGCAAGACCGAUUGCUUACACUCGUCAAACACUGAACUUUGUGGUCAUGGUACUUGUGUGAAUAUAAAUGACAAUUUCGGAUAUCGUUGCAUCUGCGAACAGGGCUGGACAACAAAUGGUUUGACUCCAGCAUGUAGCGUAGACGUUGAUGAAUGUAAGGAAUACAGCAGUCCAUGUUCAACUAAAUGUAUCAAUCUACCAGGAAGUUAUAUGUGUGCUCCAUGUGAAGCUGGCUUCACUGGUAAUGGUCUAGCAUGUCGUGAUUUAGAUGAAUGUGCAAUCAAUAAUGGCGGAUGUAGUAUCAAUCCAUUUGUUGCAUGUAUAAACAGCUAUGGAUCAUUCCAUUGUGGAGAAUGCCCUAUUGGAUGGUCGGGUGAUGGACGAAUCUGCACAAGAACCGCAGGGGCUUCAUGUUCCAAUAAUAAUAUAUGCCAUCCAACUGCAACUUGUUCGGAAGUUGCAAACUCAAUUGUCUGUACAUGUCCUUUGGGUAUGAUUGGCAAUGGUGUUGGACCGAGUGGCUGCAGGACAUCUGGUAAUGAUUUGUGUUCACCAAAUCCUUGCAUGAAUGGAGGCACAUGCAUGGACAACGGAAGUGGAUCAUACCAAUGCAUUUGCCAAUACGGUUUCAAACAACCAAAUUGCCAACCUCUUUUAAAUCCAUGUGUUAUGAAUCCAUGUCGCAAUGGCGGAACUUGUCGAGCACAUGGAUCGAACUUUACUUGUGACUGCGUCGAAGGUUAUGGUGGCAGAUUAUGCGCUACGCAGCGGUCCCGUUGUGGACAAUUCAUUGCAGCCGAACAGGGAAAUUUGAAAUAUCCUUUAACUAGUUUGUACAACCACAAUACCAAGUGCUCCUGGGUGAUUCGCACAAAUGAAACUAAAGUUCUCAACAUUACAUUUGCAAAUUUUGAUUUCGAAGACUCGGUAGAUUGCCGAUUCGAUUGGUUGCAAAUUCAUGAUGGUCAAACAGUAGCUUCACAAUUGAUUGGACGUUUUUGUGGUUCAACGGCUCCAUUGGGUGGUCAUAUUAUUACCACGACAAAUAGUAUUUAUCUUUGGUUCAAGUCGGAUAACUCGACAGCCAAGGCAGGUUUUGAGCUGUUUUGGACAUCAAUCGAUCCAGUUUGUGGAGGAGUUAAAGAAUUUGAUUCUCAUGUAACGAUUGCGUCACCAGGAUCACCUGGAAAUUAUCCCCGGAAUCGGGAUUGCAGAUGGCAUUUGAAGGCUCCCAAUAAUAAACGAAUCAAAUUGGUGUUUUUCAGUUUGAAUAUUGAAAAACAUGCUGAUUGUGAUCAUGAUUAUGUUGAGAUUACCGAUGCAGUUUCUGGAUCAAGAUUGGAAAUUUUUUGUAAUUCUUCAAAUCCAUCGCCAUUUACUUUGCCAUCAAAUGAAAUUAUUAUACAUUUCCACUCGGACAAUGAGGGCAAUGAUGUGGGCUUUCAAAUUCAUGCUUCGACUAUGGAACGAAUUCCGGGAUGUGGUGGAACUUAUACUGAUAGAAGUGGUCAAAUUACAUCUCCUGUUGGUUUUCAAGGUCCAUUGUCUUGUGAAUAUAUCGUGCGGUAUCCGUUGGGACUUAAAAUUCAAUUGAAUGUAGUUGAAUUUAAUAUGGGCGAUGAAGAUUGUCUUGAGAUUUUUGAUGUAAAUAGUUCUGGAGAAAAAAUCAGUACAGGAAGAUGGUGCGGAAAGAUGAAUGUGCCAGUUUUCAAAUCAACAGGCAAUGCAGUUCAAAUAAACUACUCAUCGAAAGGAGGAACCUUCAAAUUGUCAUAUGGAACAAUUUGUGAAUACACCUUCGAAGACCCCACUGGCACAAUAACAUCUCCAAACUAUCCCAGUUUAUAUCCUUCUGACGAAAUUUGCAUCUAUGAAAUCAUUGGUGAAGCUCAUCAAAUAGUUUCUCUUGAAUUCGAAGUCAUGGAUCUUGAAAGUCAUGAAGGCAUCGAUUAUUGCUGGUUUGACUAUAUUAUUAUAGCUGAUGGUAACAAUCAAACAGCUGCUGGUCCUUAUUGUGGUAAAACAAUUCCUCCAAGAAUUGUCACCAAUACAAGUUUGCUGACAUUAACGAUGCGAUCAGAUUCAACAAACGCCGGCAAAGGAUUCAAAGCUCACUAUGCUCUAAUUGACACCAGCAAGAAUUGUGGUGGACUUUUGAGAAAAUCAUCGGGUAUCAUAAAAUUACCAUCGGAUCAAGGACUUGGCACUUAUAAAAAUGACUUAACUUGUACUUGGAAUAUUAUGGCUCCAGAAGGAUAUGGCGUUCAAAUUACUUGGGAAUCAUUUAGAUUGGAACAGUCAAAUGAUUGUCUGUAUGAUUACUUGGAAAUCUUUGAUACCGAUCAAAUAACAUCCGAGGUUACACCAAGUCAUAAAUUCUGUGGUAGUAAUUUACCACCAGCUUUAGUAAGUGCUUCGAAUAUAGUGACUCUCAAGUUUACUUCAGAUUCUACAGACACGGAAGAUGGAUUUGUGGCAAGAUAUAGUUUUGUCGAUGUUUCUUCCUUGUGUGGUGGCAUAAUCUUCUCCUCUACUGGUCAAUUAAAAUCUCCAAAUUGGCCAAAUGAAUAUCCAAAAGAUGUUAAUUGUUCGUGGACAAUUUCAGUAAAACCAGGUCAUCAAAUUGAAUUGCUUACUAAAACUUUUGAUUUAGAAGACUCUGAGAACUGCACAAAUGAUUGGUUGGAAAUAAGAAAUGGUGGCUCUGCUUCAUCCCCCAUAAUUGGUACAUAUUGUGGGCAAACCAUCCCGAGUCGCAUUCCAUCGUUCACCCAUCAAAUCUAUUUAACGUUCAAAUCAAAUUCUCAAAUCGUCAGAAGUGGAUUCCGUCUGCAGUGGCAAAUAGUUUCAUUGGGUUGCGGAGGUGUCUUAGCUUCUGAUCAUGGUUCCGUUGCAUCACCAUUCUACCCACAAAACUAUGGCAACGAUGUACAAUGUGAGUGGAGAAUAAGUGUCAGCAAGGGUUCAACAAUUUCCCUGGUAAUCGAAGAUCUUUCUCUGGAAUCUCUUCUAUCUUGUUCAUUUGAUUUUGUCGAAAUUUUUGAUGGCCCUACAGCAGAAAAAAGAAAAAUCGGAAGAUAUUGCGAAAAAACCGAAAACACUCCGAUGAGCAUAGAAACAACCUCUAGCGAUGCUUUGAUAAGAUUCCAAACUGAUAGUUCAAAUUCAGAUCGUGGAUUUUAUAUAAGUUAUUCAUCGGAUUGUAAUAGAAUUCUGAAUGCAACGCAUGGAUCAAUUGAGAGUCCCAAUUUUGGAGAUAAAAAUCCGAACAAAGUAAAUUGCACUUGGAUUAUUCAAGCACCUCCAGGAAAUCCAAUAUCUAUGGAGUUUGCAAUUGUUGGCAAAAAAGAUACUUCAACAAAACAAGAUUAUAUCUACGUCAUAGAUGGAAAUAAUACAGUAAUUCGAUUGAACGAAGCAAAACGUUUGGAAUCGAAUUCGUCGCAAGUCCAAAUUGUACUCAACAGUACUUCGAUUUACUUCAGUAUGGAAUAUGCAAUGCGAGGAUGCAUUGCUAAUUUCCAUCGACCAACUGGAGAAUUCACUUCGCCAGGUUAUCCAAAUCCGUAUACAAAGAAUACUGGGUGCCGUUGGCAGAUAGAGACAACAAUAGGCAAAGCUAUUGAAUUGGUAAUUGAAGAAAUUGACCUAGAAGUUUCAACUAAUUGUACAAAAGAUCACAUUGAGAUUUGGAAUACGGCCCAGAUGAGUCAUUCUAUUGGAAAGUUUUGCGGAAAAAGAAACAAUAUUACUAUAACAAGCUCAGGCCCAUCGUUGUAUGUGCAAUUCAUCAGCGAUAAUUAUGUAAAUGGAAGAGGCUUUAAGGCAAAGUACAAAACUAUUGACUCAAAAUGUGGCGGAAAUUUCGUACUAAGCAAUGGAGUUAUUAGUUCACCCAAUUAUCCACACAACUACGAUUCAAAUUUGCAUUGUGAAUGGUAUGUUGAGGUUUCUCAACAUAGCACAAUGACAUUAACACUCGAAGAACUCGAUCUUGAGGACAGCUAUGAGUGUAGUAUGGAUGCCUUGAAAAUAUACCACAGUAAAGAAAUUGAAGGCAAUCAACCAUGGAAAAAUUUGUGUGGUGAAGAGUUGCCCAAGGAUAAUACAUUCCAAACAACUUCAAAUUCAGCUUUGAUUGUAUUCGAUACGGAUGCUGAUACAGAAUUCAAAGGAUUUAAAAUUUCAUUUAAAGAAAAUUGUGGCAAACGUAUAGUUGUUAAUGAUACUGGACGCAUUCGUUUGGAAAGAUCUGAUCAAAAAGAAUGCCUUUGGGUAUUUGUAGCUGAAGAUGAAACUAAACAUGUGACUUUAACAACUACCCAUGUCCGACUUAGACCAUGGUUAACGAUCCUCAAUAUAACCGAUGAUUGCGAUGGUGUUUUGAUAUACGAUGGUGACUUUUCCAACACAACUUCGAUUAAUCCUAAACAAAAAUUCUGUUACAAACAUCCACCAGCCGUGACUUCCCUCGGACAUGCUUUGACAAUGAAGAUUGAAACAGAAUUCGUUUUCGAAUUAGAAGUUUAUUACUCAAUUAUGGAUAAUAAUUGUGGUGGCAGUUUUGAUUCUCUCCAUGGAACAUUUGCAUCUCCUUCAUAUCCGAAUUCCUAUCCAAUUAAUAUCGAAUGUAUUUGGGAAAUAAAAGCUUCGGUGGGCAAUUGGUUAAGUCUUAAAAUUCAACAAAUGGACAUCGAAAAUAGUCAGGAUUGUAAUUCAGAUUAUCUAGAAGUUAGAGAGGGAAGCAGUAUUGGUCGACUUGUUGGUGUUUUUUGUGGUGAUGAUAUACCGAAUCCAUUACUUGGAUUUGAAUCGCUUUGGAUUAAGUUCAGGAGUGACAAUGAUAAUGUAAGGAAAGGAUUUCUUGCUGAUUAUAGUUAUGCUCUUAAUAACGAACUAAAUGGAAUGGAAGGUAUCAUAGAGUCACCAAGAUAUCCCUCGUUUAUGGUGUCGUUAUCACAUUAUAGUUGGAGAAUAUCAGUGCCGCGGGGCAAUUUGAUUAUGCUCACGGUGGACUACAUGUAUAGAUUACAAAGUCAGAGAAAUAUAAAGUUUUUCAAUGGUUAUGAUGAUCAAGCUGAACCUAUACUACUUGGCGAAUCCAAUAUAAUCAGAUCCGACACUAAUUACCUGUACAUUAAAAGUCAUUCUGGAAUCUUCCGACUCCACUGGUACAGAGUUAGUAAAGAAUUUAUGGCUACUAACAAAACGACAAUUGAAGACCCACUUUCCUGUGCCAAUACAAUCCUCAAUAUUGGUUCUGUAUCAACUAUCUUCCAAUCACCCGGAUAUCCCGAAGGCUAUGAAUCAAAUCUCAAUUGCAAUUGGACACUAGUUCCAAUAGAUCCUGGAAGUCAUGCUGUUGUCUCAUUCCAAAAGAUCGAACUUGAAGACCAAGCAGACUGCUUGGCUGACAGUGUCAUCAUCUAUUCUAGCACUGACAUGACCAACUGGAAUGAGUUGCGAAAAACCUGUAAAAUGAAGUCAGACUCUGUUCUACAAGUGUCUGGUGAUAAAUUUUUAAGAGUACAAUUUUUGACCGAUUUCGGAGUCAAUAAAACUGGUUUCACAGCGACAGCUUCAUCGAUGUGUGGAUCAACUUUAACUGAACCCACAGGAAUAAUCAAUGCUACCAAAUAUGGAACCUUUGUUGGUGGUCUUCAAUCGCCUUGUGUUUGGAAAAUACAAGUUAAAACGGGACGUCGCAUUAAAAUCACAUUCCUCGAAUUAGAAUUCAAAUCAAGAACGGAUGGAAAUGCUCUUUGUCAAAAUUAUAUUCUCCUUAAAAAUGGUAUUUCUGAACACUCCCCAAAUCUUGGCACUGGAAAGUAUUGUGAAAGUAAUAUUCCAGAUAUUCCAAUAACAUCAUCAAAUGCUGCUUAUGUCAAAUUGAAUAUCGAGAGAAUAUCAUCGGAUCCUUCGAGAAUAAGUUUCAAAUAUGAAGAGAUCAUGAAUGAAUGCAUGAAAAAUAUUGAACUAAAUGACAAUCAAAGAUGGGUAAUUGUCAAUUCGGAAAAUUAUCCCAACAUUCCACAUCCACAUACGAUGUGUGUCUGGAAUAUAAAAGCUCCAAUUCAUCGUCUUUUAGCAGUUGACUUUGUUGAUUCGUUUAAUUUGAAACAAUCGGAAUUUUGUGAUUCUGAAUAUGUUGAACUAAAUGACGGAUCUACCCAACUGUCACCUGUCAUCGGUCGGUUUUGUGGAAAAUCAACACCAGAUACUCAAUAUUCUAGUGGAAAUAGAUUACGAAUAACAUUUUUCACUGAUAUCGCUGAACCUAGCACUGGAUUUAAGGUGAAUGUUUCACUUGGUGUGUGUGGCGGCACCUACCGGCAACGAAAUGGAACUAUAUCAAUUCCGAAACUCAUGAGCUAUCAUGUGACAGAUAAAAAUUUCUCCUGUGACUAUAUGAUAUCUAUACCAUAUAGCUUUUCUGUCAAUUUGACAUUAGAUAGUAUGAAUUUCCCUUGGUCAGAUAACUGUUCCGAAGUAAAUCAUUUAAUUGUGACUCCUAUUUAUGACGAGGAGGCAGAGGAAACCGCAUCAGAACCGAUUAUUAUGUGUGGAGAAUCAAGUGCGAAAACUUACAUUUUCGAUACAAACAAUGUUCGAAUAAGUUAUCGAAUAGUUAGCAAUGAAUUUAAUAAUGAUGCCUUUAGUUUUAGCUAUCUGUCACUUGGUAACCGAUGUGAUCAUUUGAUUGAAUCCGAAUCGGGUGUAUUAAAGUCUCCCGGCUAUAUCUACCUUAUGACAGUUCCAAUGCGAUGCAAAUGGAAAAUAAAAGUUCCCAAGGGUCGGAGAGUUAAAGUCGAUUUCUUGGAUUACCAAAUUGACAGCAUGAUUGUGACAAACUCAACAAAUCCGAAUAAUCUUCGAUUCCCCGGUUGGCUGUCAGUGUUUAAUGACUUUGACUCAAAAUCAAUAAUUGCACGAUAUUCAAGCAGAUCUCCACCUCCACCGGUUAUUUAUUCCACUGAUAAUUUAAUGAGUUUUGUAAGCAUCGAAGUACCCAAAGCUAGAAAAGAAGGCUUCAAAAUACGAUUUUCAUCUGAUGAGGAGAGUUUGUACUGUAAUGAAAAUUUCGAUCAGACUCGAGGUGAUAUUCACUUUAGAACAUCACAAAACAUAAGUAUCUUCUGCCGUUAUAAUAUCGAUCUUAAUCCAUAUGAAACGUUCGCACUAACUGUCAACGAUAUUAAGAUAAACACUGCCAUCUUGCGGGAAUAUUUUAACUGCCUGCGAAAUAGUCCUUUGACUGUACAAGAUAUGUCAGAGACUCAAAAAAUGCAAUGGUUUUGUGGAAAUCGUAACGAUAGCACAAUUCGUCUGCCAUAUCCGAUUAUGUUUGACAUUUCAAGUAACAUUUAUAACAAUCUAACGUCAUUAGAUUUGACAUUUGCUCGUCACAAAUGUGGCGGAGUUUAUACAAUUGGCAACCAGUUUCAGUUGAAUGAACCUGUAGUUUCGACUUCGAAUUAUGGUGUAAUGGAUUGUGCAUGGAGAGUUCUACCCAAUCCAGGUGAUGUGGAUCAAUUCGAAAUAUCGCUGAGUGUAGACUUCAAAUUGAAAUGUGACGAAGAAUAUUUGAUGUUAUUCUCCGAUUCGAAAGUUAACUCUCCACAUUUGGGAAGGUUUUGCAAUCAAGCAACUGUGUCAAAUGUUGUUUCGAUAAAGAGUCUUUUCAUUGAGUAUCAUACGUCAAACUAUCAAAAUGCAUCGAAAUUCAAUUUGACAGCUGUACCUGGAACCGGAUGUGGUGGAGAGUUGUCAUAUCCUUUCCGAUUAAUCGACUUCCGUAAGCAAUAUCAAAACAAUGUUGAAUGUAUUUGGACAGUAAACGUCAAAAAGGAAUAUCACAUUGCUGUACUGUUUAGUGGACGAUUCUUUAUUGAAUCUAGUCCUAAUUGUACAAAAGAUUAUUUGCUGAUUCAAGAGGAAGCUGGUGGUGAGUGGAGAGAUAUUCAGAGAAUAUGCGGUCGUGAGCCACCGCCAUUUGUCAAUAUAACUACAAAUGUCAUGCGUUUAAUAUUCCGUUCAGAUGAAAGUGGAUUGGGUGAUGGAUUUACAGUAAAUUUCACACGUAAUUGUGGAGGAAUUUUCUAUGCUAGCAAGGAUUUGCAACAGCUAUCAAGUCCAAACUAUCCAUUGGCAUAUGAUUCGAAUUCAUAUUGCAAUUACACCAUUUAUCCAUCAGAGCCGGACAAGAAUUUCUUAAUUCAGUUCAAAGACUUUUUAUUGGAGACUUCGCCAGUUGAUGGAUGUUUAUAUGACAAAUUGACAGUUUAUGUUGACUCAAAUGAACCAGCUGUAUUAUGUGGUUCAAAGGACAACCUUGAGUUCCGUUCGAAUAAACCCAUCACCUUGGUGUUCAAAUCGGAUGGAACAUUCAAUCGGAAAGGUUUCUCACUCGAAUUUGGAGAACAAACUUGUGGUGGUAAAAUAACAACAAAUAGUGUUAUUGCAACACCAAAACAAAGAAGUGACAAUAAAUAUCCAUCAAAUGCAGUGUGUCUUUGGAAUAUAACAGCACCUGUAGAUAAGAAAAUUGUUGUCAAGUUCGAAAAAUUCGAAUUUGAAGGAUCUUAUGCAUGUACUUAUGAUUAUGUUGAAGUUUUCUCUGGCAAACUAUUGGUUGAAGAUCAGAGACUUGCAAAAUUAUGUGGCAAUUUGACAGGAGUGCUGCCACAUCUGUCAAUCAAAUCAAAUAUGGCGAUGAUUCAAAGUGUAUCGGAUCAGAGUGAACCAUCAGUAGGAUUUGAAGCAAUAAUUACUUUUGUUAAAAAAUGUGAUAUGAAUGUUACUUUGAGGGACACGAAAGAAACUGUUUAUACACUUGAUACAUUUGCAAAUGGAUAUGAAAACAAUUUGAAUUGUGAGAUCUUGUUUACAACAGAACCAGGUCAUCAGUUAUUGUUGGAAUUCAGUAGUUUUCAUACUGAAGAGUCCACAAAUUGUGAUCGGGAUUAUGUUAGGGUUCUUGAUGGAGCUGGGCCAUUUGCUGAUGAGAUUGGAAAGUUUUGCGGUCAUAUUGUUCCUAAUGCUGUGGUAUCUUCAAGGUCCAGCAUGUUUGUUAAUUUUGUAACAGAUUCAGCUGACACAAGUACGGGAUUUAUGGCAACUGUCAAAGUGAUGCCACUUGCUUGUGGGGCUCAUGAAUUGUUCUUACAUCCAAAUGAGACUAAGGCUAUAACUAUUGGAAGUGAUGGUGGAAACUAUCUUCCAAAUUUAAAUUGUUUAUGGCGUAUAAGAAGUGACAGUAAUAUCCGUUUGGAUUUUGAAAAGAUUGACAUUCAAGGACCUGAUGCCAAAGGGGCCUGUACAACAGAUUAUUUAAAAAUCUAUAACAAACAGCAGUAUUCAGUUGUUGAAUCAGUUCUGGGAUCGGACAUUGUAUUUAACGGUAAUUCCGGACAACCGUAUACAAGUCCAUACGAUAAUACUGACAAUGAGCAUGUUUAUUGUGGACAAGGAGUUCCAGGAGGAUAUUUUACUAAUAACCAAGAAGUUUUUGUCAAGUUUUUCAGUGAUAGUACAAUAGAAAAGUCUGGUUUUAAGCUCAUUGCAACAAGUUCAAGUGGAUGUUUGAAAAAUUACACAUCGAACCAGGGAAGAAUUCUAAUGGAAACUUCAGCUGAUUGUAACAUUUACAUUAAUGCACCGCAAAAUUAUUCUAUUAGUUUGUACUUUAAUUAUUUCUACAUGUUUUUCGCAUCUUCUGAUACAACUACAACUGAGUGUUCAUCUGAUUAUAUAGAGGUUUUUGAUGAACAAACUAAACCUUCAAAAUCCAUACGCAAGAUCUGCGGCUCUAUAGAUCCAUCCAACAGUAUAUUUGCCAAGUCAAAUAAGAUACGAAUGUUCAUGUCACAAAGUGGACAUUAUAAUAAUUAUGAUGUAACAUUUUUGGCAAGUGACAAGGGACCAGGUUGUGGUGGAGAUCUUUAUAAUUAUGCUGGUGUCAUAACUAGUCCAUUUUACCCAGAAAACUCGAGAAAUAACUCAGAUUGUCAAUGGAAUAUUAGAGUUCCAAAUAAUUUGGCAGUUGCAUUGGAAUUUAAAGUAUUCGAUAUGGGUUCCAAAGUAACAUGCCAUUCAGACUAUCUUGAAAUUUUGGAACGCAAACCUUCAAAUAAUCAAGAAAUGGAAGUUAUGCGCAAGUUUUGUGGAGAGGAUUUACCAAUGUCUUAUAUUGGCCGACAAAAUACUUUGUCUAUACGUUUCCGCAAGACGGUUAACUUUGAUGGAACCGGAUGGGUAAUACGAUUUUCUGGUGUUCGACAGAGAUUCAAUUUAAUUUAAGCUUUAACUUUGUAAAUUUUUAAGUUAAAAUAAUAAAUUUAUAUAACAAAUUUGGAUGUUGAAAA